AUGUUCAGCAUAAGAUCCUCUCUACAGUGCUCAAAGAGACUGUUUUCAAGCAGUACGCUACGACCAUCAUAUAUUGGGUCAUCCCCAAUUUUCUUACCUUCAGAAGUUAAAGUUGAAUUAAUUGAUCGUGAAGAACCAAUAAUCAUAAGAAAAGGUAGAUCUGUAUUGAACAUGACAAAAGCUGCUAAAGUCACUGGUCCAAAAGGUGAAUUAUCAUUAAAUGUGCCAGAUUUCUUAACUUUUAUUAAAAAUAGUGAGAAAUUAUCAUUAAAGAUUGAAAAUGAAGACGAUAAACAACAAAAGGCUUUAUGGGGUACAACAAGAGCCGUUUUAAACAAUCAUGUUACAGGUGUCACUGAAGGUCAUUUAGCAAUGUUGAGAUUGGUCGGUACUGGUUACAGAGCACAAAUUGAAGAUAGACCAAAUGGUGAAAAAUUUGUUGCAAUGAAAGUUGGUGCUUCUAUUACUCAAGGUUUAAUAGUCCCAGAAGGAUUAACAGUCUCAUCGCCCGUACCAACUAGAGUUAUUAUUGAAGGUAUUGAUAAACAAAAAGUGAAGUUAUUUGCAGCUAAAUUACGUGAUUUCCAUCCUCCAGAACCUUAUAAAGGUAAGGGUGUUUAUGUUGAUGAUGAAACUAUCAAGAUCAAAGAUAAGAAGAUCAAAUGA